AUGUCUUGCAAACAGGAAAAGAAACGAACUUCGUUUUUAUUAGCAGUUACUGUUCACUUUUGUAUAAUACAACUAACAUACUCGGUAAGUUUAGGGACUUACCAACAACAGGAGUCACACGCCAACUUUUGGGAAAGGAGGACUAAAAAUCACCCCGACGCCUACCUGCGGGGUUGGCGCUUGGUUGAAUAUGUUAUCAAGAAUCCAGGUCUACGUGAAUCUAACCAGCCAGGUAUCAAGGAGCUCUUACGGGAAUACACAAUCUUACCUGAAGGUCCGGUCCCGCGUUUAAGCGCAAACAAGCCGGAUGAAAUUGACAAGAACUUCGCCUUUGACAGCUCCUCUUGGACAACUGGUCUUGUCAACCCGCAACCAAGGUCUUCGUCCUCGACCUCUGCAGAUGGAUACCAAGCGGAUUUUACAGGUAAUAUAGCCCACUGUCUGAUUGUGUACAAGCUACUGCCCUUAUUACCAAAGUGUGCUAACAAAGCAAGCCACUGUAUCCAUUGUGUGUUGCAUAGGCCCUGAGUACUUACAGGAUUUUUCCGUAAACAUUGCAAGACAAGUCUCUCAAUCCCUUUGCCUUGUAACCUUUAGGUUUUAACGGGGUCCAGGGGAAGGUUAUGGGUCAACUACUUGACUCCAGUACCCAUGUCAGUGGAUGGCAAGCUAUGAGGCCUCUGGUGCAAUGUGAUGAUGGUGCCAUGACUGUCAUGGCCCCAGGAGAGGGACUGCCACACCUGUUAGUUGACAGAGGUAAGGUAUGUUAGACCAUGAAAGUAACUGUGGGGUUUUCAGCUACCACUGUUAAUGUUCAUUAAGUUAGUUUACUUUGGAGGACGCCAGCAUUUAGAACAAGAAUAACAUGCAGUUUUAUAAGCGAGAACCAGAAUAUAGUUAUGUAGUCGAUUCUUUCCAAACUAAAAUGAGCUGUUCAACAUUUUAUCUUUUCAGAGGGAGCCUCUCCUAUCUCCCCAUUCCACUUACCUCCAUACUGCGGUUAUUCAGUGAGGUCGAGAUUGAGCGAUCUGGAGAUGACUGUGCCUUAUGAUGCAUGUUACAUCACAAAGGAGGUAUCAGCAGCACUUGUAUCAUAACUCCACCGGUAGUUCCUUGUUCAGCAUCUCCUGAGAAAUCUUUUUGGGUAUUUUCAGAACGGCAGCUAUGUGUUGCCCCUAUUGUGGGGGGGCAGCCCACUUAAGGUCUCCUGCCCAGUGCAGAUGUCCUCUCCUGCCUCUUUUUCCUCAACCCCAGCUGUCUUCUGCUCCUCAUACGGCAUGGCAGUGCAGAUACUGUUGCAGGAAAGAGGUAUACCCAUGAUUGCAGCCGUAGGUAUGUUGACUUUACUUAUCAGUUAAUGCACUGAUUUGUCCCUGACUAUAAGUUGUUAAUGCUUUUCCAAGACUUUUUUUAUUGGGGGCAUCAAGUUUUACUCCCCAUCCCACAACAACUUUUGUUUCUAAGGAUGUAGAUUUGUUGUUCAGGUGCAAUCUAGUUUUUAUGAACUGUUCACAUUUUACUUUUUAAAAACAAAGGUAUCACAGGCAUUACGUUGAAACAUCCAAAUUCUCCUGAUUCAUCUUUACAUUUCAAAAAAUGUUUCUAAUUGAAUUCUACAGUCCUGAAAAUGACCACUAGUUGACUGAAUGUAAGAUCAUGUGUGAUCUGCUUUUAUAGUGAAUGGAGACUGGGGUCCGUUUGUGUCUGCUGAGUGUGCGUACCUCAUCCACUCCCAUCCUGGUCAGCUUAUCUUCUUCAUCCCUUACAGUGCUCCCUGCAUCACCAGUCGAGUGAGGUUCUUUUUCAAAAUUGUUUCACUGGAUUUUUGUUUUUAACGGCUAACUUUCACUGAUAAUAUUUUUAUGUUGUGGCAUUUUCAGGAUGGUCUCCAUGUCCAGCUAUUAUUAGAUAACCAGGCCUACAUCCUCUCCUGUCCAGUCAGUCCUGAGUUUCCUUACGCCCCCGUUUUUCCUUCAUCACCUCCUGCGACUCCUGGUGACCCACAGUCACCCUAUAUCCCAGAUCCUGUCAGCCCAGCACCCACCUCGCCCCCACCUCCUACCCCUCCGCCUCCUCAGCCCCCAACCCAGGAGCAGAAGGCUCAGCUUCCUGAAUAUCCCCACUACCCCUAUCCUGGAUUCCAUUACCAGAAGCUUCCCCAGGUGUUCCCUCCCGGACCGCAACCAGCCCUCCCCCCUCGACCCACCCCUGACAGUCCACCAGGGCCACAGCCCAAAUCCCUGCAGGCCCUACAUCCCUCUGGGACUGAUGAGCAGCUCCACUCUUUCAACUCAAAUCAAUAUCCAUCAGAGAUGUACCACCCCUAUGUCCCAUUCUACUACCCAGCGGUGACACCAGCUCCGACUCCUCCAGCUGAAACAACAACAUCUACUCCUACUACAGUUCCUCCAGCUACCCAGCCCCCUCAGCCUCCAGCAAACCCAUAUUACCCUCUUUAUUAUCCUCACAUGCCUUACGAUCAUGCACCUGUUGUCACACAAGUAACCCAGGAACAUGCUACCCCCUCCCCAAGCCCACCAUCUCCUGCUCCCACCUCUCCACCAAAACAACCGCAGGGUCCACCACAGUUCCCACUUGAGUCAUCAUAUCCACCAGCUUCUUAUAGGUCUCCCUAUCAUAUCCAAGAGUACUUCCACCCAGAACCUGGUGUCGAGGUUCCCUCUACUUCCGCUUCCCCUCAGUCACCACCUCCGACCACCAGACCUAUAGACCCCGAACCACCUCUAAGUCCCAGAGCUCCGCCUCCUGCCAAACAUAAAGCAUUAACUCCUCCACAAGACCCAGCCAUCUGUCCCGCUCAUAGUCACACAAUAUGCAACUACUACUAUCCCUAUCCCUAUUAUCCCUAUUACUAUCCUCUUUAUCCAUCAUACUACCCACCUUACCCCCUUGUGUCCCAGUACCCCCAGACUCUACCACCAGGGACAACAGAAAAGCCCUCAAUCCCUACCACUACCUCCACAGCUUCUACACCAACUACACCAACCAAGCCUGCUCCACAGACCCCCAAUCUUGAGUGUCUGUCAGGGAGGAUGGUUGUUUUCCUGCCAUUUGCUCAUCCUGACUCCAUCCAGGUCAGAGGUUAGUGUUAGUGUGAAUGAAGAGUUCCUAGUAUUUAGAAAGAAGUAUGGUUUCUUAUUUUCCUGGGCCUUUUUUAAAUCAUUGAGAUGCUUUUGAAUUUGUACAAUUACUCAGAUUUAUAAUCAGGUGCCUCCAAAACCCACAAAAAUUACAUCUUUAUCACCUGUAACUACUCUUCAAUGUUUUGUAUUUUGUCCAUGUAAUCUUAGUCUUUCUCACUGGUUCCAAAUGAGCACAUAUUCCAGUAAACGCGCACUGGUAGCUUCUUGUUGAUACCCAGUCUGUGUUUUAAAUCAGCUUUAAUGGGUUGAACUAUUAUUAUGGAGUCAUUAAAAUCAAUAUUGUGUUACAGUUUUUACUUUUACAUAUAUGUCUUACCCACAGAAGCUCAAACAAAGACCUGGUCGUUCCUCCCCAGUGUAUCUCCACAGUGUGGAUACAUGCUGCAGGCGGUCGAGGGCUCGGGGGUUUAUCUUCACUCUCCUCUGCCUGCCUGCCACAGCCAGCUACGGGUGAGAUCCUUUGAUGAGCUUUCGGUAAUUGCUUCGCUGUAAUCAAGUCCCUUUUUUUCAAGGAAGGAUAAGAAGUCGGUUCUCUCAGUAGUUAUGUUAAAAACAUUCCCUAAAAGUAUUAGACAUUCGUGUGGUUUAUAUUAAAAUGUUGAAAUGAAAUACAAAGAGAUGUGUAACUGCACAGCCUUAUUGACAAUCAAAUGAGUGUUUAUACAGACAUGAUCUUUGGUCAGCGGGAAGAAAUCAAUACACAGAGGAAAUAGAGACAUGGAACCACAGAAUCAGUUGAUCAGUAUUUUUGUCUUCAUAAAACUAAAGACAAGAAGAAGAACAGAGUUUAGGUGUUGGUUGGUAAACUGAAAUAAAAUGAUGAUUAUAUUUUACAUUAUAUUGUAUAAGUGUUACAUAAGUGAUGUUGUUGAUAUGUAGAUGGAUGGGAAUAACACAUGAAAUGCCUUCAUGCAGUAAAACACUGUGACACUAGAGCUUACAGAACUAUCUUUGAUUUACUGAUGCAGGUGGUUUAAACCUCUUGGAUUGUUGCCCUGUGGCCAUUUAUAACAACACUCCAGCUAGUUUAUGAAACAGACCAGCAGUUUUUUCCCAAUCAAGAGCUCAUUUUAUGAUUAAUCCCAUAUGGACUGUAUGCAGCACUUACUCUGCAUACAUCUUUGCUGGAGUGAGUGCAUCAUGUUAAACUUGCAGACUAUUUUUAAAUACAGCAGCUGAACACUGUGUGUGGUGGUUCACACUGACUUUAUUGAUCUCUCUUUCUUUUCAGACUCCCACCACAACUUCCCUACCGCUGAGGUUUUGGGACCUUUCUCUGGCACAGUACAGGACUGUGGACCUGCAAUGCCCUUAUCAAACUAUCCCUGAAACUCCAGCACCAGCUACUCCAUCACCGCUCCCUAAACUACCUGACACCACCGAGAGUAAAGUCGGCCCAUCUGUCAUCCCAAAGCCCGAGGUCUUCUGCUCCUCCCAUCAAUUAAAUGUGGAGCUCCCCCCUGGUCCCAUCUCUGAUGUUGUUGUUGGAGGUAUGUGCAUGUGUGUGCGUGUGGAUCAUUGUGUAUGUAUCAUGUGUAAAUAGUUAGCAUCGGCUCUGCAUGGGUCCAGUUUAAACACGGUUCAGAGGGCUGCUGUGUGGGUGGGAUAACAGGCCUGUUUUUUGUUUGACAGGGUUAAACUUAAUUCCAUUUGUGCCUUUUUAUGUCCUCUUAACCAAAAUAAUUUACUGUAAGGUUCACUAUUAACUUUUACAGAUAUCAAAGGGAACCAGAUGAAGCUUCAAGAUGCCCCUAAGCAGUGUGGGUAUUUUGCAAGAAAAGGCAAAGAUGGCAAAAUUCGUUUGAGUCUCCAGUUGCACUCCCGUUGCCACAUGAGUGUUCAGGCAAGUAUUGACUCAGAUUCCACACUGAGUGUGUGACCUUUUGGUAUAAUUGAUCAUUUGCUGUCUGCGUCAAUUCUCAUAUAAACAUGUUUCUCUAAAAGGGUAAAAUGUACAUCAUCACUGUAUACUAUAUGACAGUAAAUGGGAGACGAGAGGCUCAGCUUUCCUGUCCAGUCAUCAGCCAAAUGUCUGGACAAGGUAGAUGGAUUUAGUUUUUUGGAUUUCUGAGAGACUAUUCAGUUAAACAGUUGUUAUUUUUUCCCUGUCCAUUCAGAGUUAUUUUAACUGUGGAGCUGACAUUUGUCUCGCUGCCUCUUAGAGUGCAACCUUCUCAGUGAACAGCGUCUCCCCUGCGGACAUGGCUCUGUAUCUCGGCCUCAGUGCCUCUCCAUGGGCUGCUGCUUCAGCAAGCACUCCUCUGCCUGCUACUACCCUAUGGACGGUGAGCUGUAGUUGGUGUUCCCCACUGGCAUUAACGUGCCACUUAGCUAAGUACAGUUAAGCUGUCCUGUGUUCAGAAAUGUAAGCACUACCUCUGCUGGAUGUGCCGAAAGGCAGAUUCAAGCUGGCAGUGACACAGAGGGUAUCAGAUAUCUUGGGUCUCAUUAUCAAUUUCUGAUCCUUUUGUAUGUCUGACAUUCACAUUACUGUGUGUGUGCGUGUUUGUCCUCCUCCAGAGUGCACUAUUGACCGUCACUUUGUCUUUUCUGUGCCUGCCUCCCUCACUGAGCCCCCUCUGUCUCCUGCCCUGCUUGUUGCUGCUGGUAACUUCAGCUGCAAACCUCAGAGAGUGACUUCUGACUACGCCUUGUUUAAGAUCCCCAUGGAUGGCUGUGGGACACGCAGAGUGGUAAUGAAAAGAAAAAAUGACCAAAAAGUAGAGUGGGGCUGCUCAUCUGCUGGGGUCGAAGAAGUGUUGGUUUUAUUAAUUUACUUUACCGAGUCAGUGAAUUAACUAUCAUGCUUGUUUCUGUAGAUGGUGGGAAAGACUGCAGUUUACAUGGUGGAAGUCAUCAACCAGGUUCAGACAGUCAGCCUCAACUAUGGAACCAUAACAAGGGACUCUCCUGUCAGGUUAAAGUAGCAUCUGAUUGAUUUCUUUUUCACCAAACACAUAUCAAAAUUAAAGUUUUACAUUAAAACCAAGGUAAGUUACACCUAUAAUAGCUGGUUUUCUUGCCCCUUAAGCUCAUCCCACAUCAUUGGUUUAUCAAACAAGAAAAGAAGUUGCUUACGUAAUAUCCAGCAGUUAUUAAGAAACAUUGUGAUCAACCUUCACACAUGCACUUCCCUCCUAAAAAUUUCCCAGUCCAUACCAGAAGUUUACAUAUGCCGUAAACCCAGAAAUGAAAAAAAUUCAGAUGUAUAAAACCAUCAUUCCCUUUAGGGCAUCCCAGCCUCAACACAACAUUUGUCAAAAGAUGAUCAAUGCAAAGCAUCUUAUAAAUGAAUAAACAAAAUUGAAUGCAAAUGAGCUGGCAGAGUAAAAGUCCUUACUGUGAAUCACAGUAACAAAAGAAAAAAAGGCAGUAAAAUUAAAGUUGAGGCAAGAAAUUGAGGCGUUUGUGAAUGAUGUGGAGGUCAAAGAGCUCAUUUUAUACAACAGGAGAGUGACAAAUACAAAGAAAUCAAUGCAUUGCUGCAGCGCUCACGUGGUCCUUCAGCAGUGCCACAACAUCCAGACACCAAUGUUGCCAGAUACCAGUGUUUUUAUUUUUUUUAUAUUGUGACCGAGGGUUCAGGUUAAUCAGGUGUCUGUUUUUUUUCCCUGAAAUCAUUUGACAGAGUUUUGGCCUGUAAAUAUGUUUGAUUGGUUCAUUUUUUCAUGGCCUGCUUGGUCUUUGUUUUGAUUUAUUAGUCUGUGUUUAUUGCUUGGUUUUUGUUUUUGGUUAUAUAACAACUUUGUGAGAACUGCCUAAGGCUUAACUUCCACACUUUGCUCAUUGGCCAAAGUUACAGUACUUUGUAGUGUGGCACUACCAAAUGAUAAAGUUUGUGGGAUGGCCGGCACAUUUUCACAGAUGGACUAAAUUUUGCAGCAGGGUCCACGCAUUCUUACAUCACACAUUUUUUAUGUUUGUUUUUGGCCAGCAUGUGCAUAAAACGGGGUACACCACAUUUUAGAACAAAAACACUUGUAGUACACACGGCCCUUAUCUUUUUGCAGACUUCCUUGCUAAAGUUGCGAGAGGUUGUAAGUUGAAGUGUGAACACAGCUGUUAGAGGUGGCUUCAGAGUUAUCUCUGUCCAAAUUAUCUCCUGUUAAAAAUUAACAAAAUCUGUUAAAACAGAUGAAGUAGGAAUUAACCGAGCUUUUACUGUAUACAUUUUCUGUAAACUUCCGCAUUAGAAAACUCCCAGUGAGCAAAGCCUAACUCUUACAGUCAAUCUGAUAUGGACCAUCUAUUGAAAACAACUUUAUUUAGUAGAUGUGUGUGCUGCAGUUCUAAACCUAAAAGAAAAUUUCCCUCUAGACCUUCUUACUUGCAAUUUGACGCUGAAACAUCAAGUGAAGGCCAAAUCAAUAAAUCAAUCAAUCAAUCAAUAAAAACAAAAGCACACUUGUAGAUUUUUAUCGUGUUUCUGGUAUUGCUCUCAGGUUGUUGGUGGAGUGCAGGUAUAUGCCAAAUACUGUUCUCAGUGUAAGCUACAUGGUCAAAACUCCCACACUUGGACCUGAAGUUCAGACCCAAGGGAUGUUUGGAGUCCAGCUCAGGAUUGCCAAAGGUCAGUGGUCUGCAUACUAUGCUAACACCUGCUUUGCAUCGAAGAGAAAUUAUAAUUUAUUUUGCUGGAGUCCCUUAAAUCACUUAAAAUGUAUGAAAACAAUGUUGUUGUGGUUUGAGAAUUAUUGUGCUUUAAUGAAAACACCUCUUUUGAUCCAGAUGCCAUGUACAGCAGCUAUUACCCACAGUAUCACCAGCCCCUGCAGAUGCUGUUGGGGAAACCCCUCUACUUGGAGGUGCGGCUGCUCAACGCCCCAGAUCCAAAUUUAGUACUGCUGGUUCACUAUUGUGUGGCCUACCCCCGCUCUGGCAAAGCUGUGUGGUUGCUACUGUACAAUGGGUAUGUCCAAGUGUUUCCAGUUUGGAGAAAAAAGUAAAAAAAAUUACAUUUGCUUAGCUGAGUAAGAGGUUAGUCUAGGAUGAACACAAAGCUGGGAAACUCGUGAAACCAGUGUUUUUCACUGGAAACAAAUCACAGGGGGAAUGUAAAAGUACAUUUAUAGGAACCAUUUGAUAUCUAACUGGCUAAUUCAUUGUUACCUCCUAGAUGUCCCAACCCCUUGGACCCAGCUCCACAGCAAGCUGUGCUGUUUGAUCCUCCACCUCCCUCUCCUCAGGCUCAGACCCGACGCUUCACUAUCAGCACUUUCCAGUUCCUACCGGAUGGUGAGUUCAAGGACGCAGAUGAGGAGGUAAGGAUGACAAAUAUAUUUGGAGGUCUAAAAAAUUAUUUUGAAGACUUCAAACUUAGUAGUAUGAGUUUAGUUUUGUUAAAUAUUUAAACAUCUCUCUAGUUUUAGAGAAUUUCCCAGUUUGGGAUCAAUAAAGUCUAUCUAUCUAUCUUUUCUAUUUUAUCUAUCUUAUCUAGUUUUAGAGAGUAGUUAAGAAAAUUUGUACAGCUCUAUUUGUAAGAUUAAGUAUAAAACUAAAAGUUGUUUUGGCUUUGUAUAAGAACUUAAAAUCAGGAGAAACUUCUAGACCAUCUCCAUCCAAAGUAAAACUUACCUACAUUUCACGACUAGAUAAUUAGGUGGGGGGAAAAACACAGGCGGUGUUCAAACAGAGGUCCAAAUAUGCUUUAUGAGUGUUUUGUUACCUUUUGUCACAGCUAGACUUGCUGUUUCUCUUUGUGUGCAGACUUUACACAAAGCUUAGCUACGGGCCUGUUGGCUCAAGCUUCUUAGUUUUUCACGACUCUUAACUUUUGCCAAGAAAAACACAAAACAUGCCCCUAAUUUGAGUGUUCACCUACAGCUCUAUAUGUAAUGAUGUUUUUAUAUCCGAGUGUUUGCCUGAAGUCCAUGUGAAUUCGCUUUCUGAGCCUGAAUGAAGACAAACUAGUUGUUGUCAUAAUGGAAGCUCUCUGUCUUAACUGGUCCAAGAAUGUGUCUUUUUGUCAGGACAAAUACACACCAGUUUUUUUUUUCACUUAGAAUAGACACAAAGUCCAUGGAAAGCAAAAGCAGUGACAGCUGUAUCUCUGAAUCUCUUGAGUCAGCGCUUAUUACAGAGUGAUGUGGGGAGGCCAUUGUGCAGACAGCACAUUCUGGCUUAAUCUCAAUUUGCAACAGCUGUUUGUCAUAGCAGUUGUCAUGCACUCACUCACCCAGUACACUAUAUCAGACCGUGCUUUAAUUCUGCCUCCUUGCAGAUCUACUUCAUGUGUUCGACCGAAAUCUGCUCACCCCGAGAUGGGCCUUGUGUCGAGGGAUGCUUCGGCCAGUGA